AUGCCAAGAAAGAAGUCCGCCACCAAGAGAGCUAGAGAACAAGAAAAGAAGGAAUCCGGUGUAACUGGCUCCGAUGCUGCCAUCGUAAAGAGUUCUGAACACACUACCGCUGUGGCCAAAGCCGCUGUUGAGCCAAAAGAGCCAUAUGUUUCCAGUGAAGACGAGGAAGAGGAUGAGGAGGAUGAGGAAGAAGAAGAUGACUACGGUGAAUUGAUCACCGACGAAGUGGAAAAAGGUAUUAACCAAGUCUUAGAUGCUAUUAAGAAUAAUAAGACUGAUAAGUUACUAGAUCCCAAAGUUAAAUUUUUCGAAGAUCCUGAAUCUGCUGCCUCCAAACUAGCAAACCGUGAGGGAAAACACAAACCUAUCUAUUUAAAGGAUUAUCAUCGUAUGAAUAUACUUUCCGGUGAUGCUUUAAAGGACGAUGAAGAAGACAAUGAACAGGGAACUGUUGAUGGGAAACAAUCGUUUGUGUCGCAACAACGCGAAGAAAAAUCGCAGCUCUUGGACGAAAUCAAGAAUGCGUUUAGCGAUGAGGACAAUGAAAACGACGAUGUAAAUGAAGAUGAAGAUGACGGAUUUUUAAAGAGAAAGACACCUUCUACCAAGAAAGAGGAAAGAAAUUUACCCGAUCCUACUGUCAAUGAAGAAAAUUUCUUAGAAGAGUUUGUCAGCCAACAAGCCUGGAUUCCUAAAAAGGGCGAUAAGGUCAUUUCCCUAGAUUUAAACAAUGACGAAGAGGAGGAUGAAGAAUUCGAAGAUGCCGUGGAAAAAUUUGAAAAUGCUUAUAAUUUUAGAUACGAGGAUCCAAACGCAGCAGAAAUUGUAUCAUAUGCACGUACUCAAGCCACACUGAGAAGAUCUGAUAACACCUCUCGUAGGAGAAAGAGAGAUGAUGAAAAGAAGACUAAAGAGCACGUAAAAGCAGAAAAAGAAACAGCUAUUCAGAAGAAGAAAACUAAAAAAUUAAAUAAAUUAACUGACAUCUUGGAGCAAUUAACUAAGGAAUACGGUGCUGAAAUCAAUGCCGAUAUGGUGAAGAAGAUCACCGAUAAUUUGAUGAAAAAUGACUUCAAAGAAGAAGAAUGGGAUAAUGUGGUAGCAGAAUUAUUUAAUGAAGAAUUUUAUGAGCAGGAGGGGAAACCUACCUGGGAUGAAAACGAUGAAAUAAUGGGCGAGUUCUAUGCCGAUGGCGAUGCCAAGGACCAAGUAGAAGAAGAAGAUAAAGAGGAAGACAAGGGACAAGAAGAACCAGAAGAACCAAAAGAAGAGAAAGAAGAGAAGGAAGAAGAAGGCCCUAAAAAAAAGAAAAGCAAAAAAGAGGAAAAAUUGCAAAAGAAAAGAGAAAAGAGAAAGCUCAACGAACUAGUAGAAAAUGCUCUAGAACAAAACAAAUUAGCUCUGAUAGAAGAAGUUGAGAAAGAAGAAGAAGAAAGAAGGAGUAGAAGUCGCACGAAGGAGGAACAAGAUUUAAAAUUCCGCUACCGUGAAGUUUCUCCUGAAAGUUUUGGUCUAACCACGAGAGAAAUCUUUGCCGCAGAUGACACAGAUCUAAAUGAAUUUAUUGGCCUGAAGAAGUUUGCUCCUUACCGUGCUAAGGAAUUAAGAGCCAAGGAUAAGAGGAAGGUGACAAAGGCAAGGAGAUUAAGAGAUUGGAGAAAGAAGACUUUCAAAAACGAAAACGGGUUAGCCCCAGUUAAUGGUGGACAAGACGCCAAUGGAAAAGAAGACGACGCUAUUUUGAUACCUGUAGAGAAGGACCUCAAGGGCAAACACAAGCAAAAACACAAUCACAAACAUAAAAGUCACCACAAGUAG